AUGAGCAAAGAUAAGGAUGGAUGUGGAGAAACUUGUUUCAAUGGUAAGCAAUCCGGUAAUGGGAACAAAGCAGACCGAUUUAUUCGAUCACCUUUGGGUACUAUGAGAUUUGGUAAAAGAGGUAACGCACCAUUUAAUCCAAUGCGCUUUGGUAAAAGCUACGAUUCAGAUGAUUUAUCUACAAUCUUAUCAAUGACGUACGAGAAUGACGGAAAUAAUAAUGCUGGUGUUAAUAAUGACUAUCCUGUGUUUGAGGGUAAUCCAUUCUACUUAAAUUCUUAUCAAAAACGUCGUAAUCCGCUUGGUACAAUGAGAUUUGGAAAAUAA